AUGGGCGGCCAGAAAGUUGUCACAGGCUCAUUUGUAGCGCAUAUCGUGCCCAUGCGGCCUACGGAGAUUGGUAGUCUAUGCAAAGGCACAGUACAAACGGCGGGGAAUGAUUGCACGCAUAAGCAGUUCAAUGGAAACUUGAACCAGCUUGAGGACCAGCAAAAUGGGAAUCCAUCUCUUCUAUAG